AUGGCCACAAAUAAUAGUGCCGAAGAAAAACUAGAACACCUAAGAGAAGAGGAGGAAGAGGAAGAAGAAGAAGCAUUGUCACUUUGCGAUCUUCCUGUUAAUCUAACAGCCCACGAGGAUCAUUCAAAAUCAAAACCAGCUUCUCAGCUCAUUGAAACCCAAGAAGAAUUCGAUUUUCCUUCAUGGGGUGGCCCCUGCUCCAAAGAAUCCGAAAUGUGUGUUGCAGAUGAAGUUUUCUUUCAAGGCCAAAUUCUUCCCUUGCGUCUUUCACUAACAACCCCUUCCUUCCAACGUGAUAGCCAGCAAUUUAAGCGAUGCGAAUCAUUUUACAACGGUUCUGUUUCAGCGAGUGAGUUUCGAAGCAAUAGCAGCAGAAGCAGCAGCCUCAGAAGUCAGAAUUCGUCUAGUAGCAGCUGCUCCACCGCCACUACAAACCCAAGAAUUUCCAAACUCAGAAUUCACACGCAUCCAAAUCCCCAACCUCAACUGAAGGUAACCGUUCCAAGACAAUCAAACUUCGGUGGAAGAAAAUCAUCAGCAUGGGAAUUUUUCCGUCUGGGUGUGGCGCCUGCACCCGAGAUAGGAUUGCAAGGUCUUAAGGUUCGUCGUACUAGUAGUAACGGCAGCCGCAAUAAUAAUAAUAAUAAUAUAGAUGCAAAUAUCAAUGCUAAAAGCGUCAAAAUGAGUUAUAACACUAAUCACAGAGGUAAGAUAAAUCAUGUUUUCAAACAGUUUGUUGGCAAAGGUAGUGGUUUAUGGAGUGGCUGCAAGUGUUCUGUUGAAACAGUGCAAUCGAACAUAGUCAUGAUUAAGAGUGAUAUUAAAAGCGCAAACAAGGCAGAAAGCACAACGCACGCCAUGAAAGAAAAAGUGCUCGAAUUGAAGAGGCAGAAACACAGACAAAAGCAAGAAAAGGGGACCAUGUCACGUCGUAGAACAUUUGAAUGGGUAAAGGAGCUUUCGCAUGCAAGCUAUUCCGAUGAGGAGGCUUUGUUAUCUAACCCUUGA